UGGUCACGAGCUCCGAAGCGACACAGAAGUCAACGUCCAGCACCAUGGCGAGACCGAACAAGCGCAAAUUGAGCUCCCCGCCGGCCGCAAAGCCGGUUGCUAAGCCUGCUACUAAAGCCUCCAAGUACGUGAAGGAGGCGGCCAAGCAGGAGCAGCGCAGUGCCAAGAGCAGUAGCAACAAGGCGCAGCUUUUUGAUUCGGAUGAAGAGGAGGAGCAGAAUGACGAGGACGAGGAGGACAGCGACGAGGAGGGGCCCGAGGCCGACGAUGGCUUCUCGGAUGCCAAUAAGAGCUGGUUGAAGAUUAAGAAGGAUAAAGACAGUGACGAUGAGAACGACGAUGAAGAAGAAGAGGACGAAGAGGAGGAGGAGCUCGAUAUUGAGCGUAAAGCCCGCCUCUUGGACGAGGAGGAGGCGCUGCAGGCCCAGGAGGCCGAUGAGGAAAUGCGUCUUAACAUUGCCAACAAUGAGCCGUACCACCUGCCGACGGAGGAGGAGCUGGCUGAAGAGGGUGAAGGUGACGAUGACAUGUCGGACCCAGCCGAAGUCUACCAGCGUAUUAAGGACGUGGUGGAGGUUCUUUCGCACUUCAGUGCGCGUCGCGAGCCUGGCCGCUCCCGCGUGGACUACGUGGAGUCUCUAGCCAAGGACCUGGCCGGAUACUUCGGAUACAACCGCGAGCUGAUCGACAUGUUCCUUAAAAUGUUCUCGCCUGCCGAGUGCGUCGAGUUCGUGGAGGCCAACGAGCAGCCGCGUCCACUUGUCAUCCGUACCAACACGCUGAAGGCACGUCGUCGUGAUCUGGCCCAGGCUUUGAUCCAGCGUGGUGUCAACCUGGAUCCUCUAGCCAAAUGGUCCAAAGUUGGUCUCAAGAUUUACGAUUCGCCUGUGCCCAUUGGUGCUACACCUGAGUACCUUGCUGGCCACUACAUGCUGCAAUCAGCCUCGUCGAUUUGUGCUGUUAUGGCUCUUGCCCCACAGAUGAACGAGCGCGUGUUGGAUAUGGCUUGCGCUCCCGGCGGUAAGACGACGUACAUUGCUCAGCUGAUGAAGAAUACGGGAACGGUUAUUGCUAACGACCUGAAGAAACAGCGUCUCAAGGCUACGGUGGCUAACUUGCACCGUCUUGGCGUCAAGAACACGUCAGUGUCGUGCUACGAUGGCCGCAAGGUGCCGAGUCUGUUCAAGGGGUUUGAUCGCGUUCUUCUCGAUGCUCCAUGCACUGGUAUGGGCGUUAUUGCCCGUGAUCCGUCCAUCAAGACGCAAAAGGGCGAGAAGGACGUCCAGCGUCUCGCUCACUUGCAGAAGGAGCUGCUAUUGGCUGCCAUCGAUGCUGUCGAUGCCAAGUCCAAGACUGGCGGAUACAUCUUGUACUCGACGUGUUCCGUCAUGGUGGACGAGAACGAGUCGGUUGUCGACUACGCUCUGCGCAAACGCUGCGUCAAGCUUGUUGACACGGGUCUGGACCACGGCAAGCCGGGCUUCACCCGCUACCAGCAGCAGCGUUUCCACCCUUCCGUGCAGCUCACUCGUCGUUUCUACCCUCACGUGCACAACAUGGAUGGUUUCUACGUGGCCAAGUUCAAGAAGUACGCCAACACAAUGCCUUCGGAGGAGAAGGACGCUAAGAAAACCGCUGAGGAGAUUGAGGAAGAGGCGGAAGAGGCCAACAUGACCAAGAAACAACGUGUCAAGGCCAAGAAGGACCGUAAGCAGGCUGCUGAGGACGUUGAGGCCGAGGUGACGCAGGAGGACCAGAGCGAUAACGACGAGGAAGACCAGGAGACCAAGCGACCCGCGAAGAAGCAAAAGCAGGAGCCCAAGAAGGGCAAGAACAAGGCUGGCAAGGGCAAGAAACCCAACCGGCCGCGCCACAUUGUGGCAGUUCGUGAACGCGUCUCGAUCGGCACACGUUGUACACGCAAGUUUCAGAGCCAUCACCGCUUUUUCGUGUCUUGUGGACGCAGUGUGAAUCGCCAGUAG